ACCGCGUUGCCACGUCUCCGUGAUUCAGUCCCGGCUAAGCAGAAAUAAAAGAGGAAAAUAAUAUUGACAAUGAAUAAACCGGGGUUGCCGCAUUUUGCUUCCGGGGAGAUCAUCAAGGGAUUCGGAAGAGGAUCCAAGGAAUUAGGUAUACCUACGGCGAAUUAUGCCAAGAAUGUGGUCGAUGCUUUACCAGAAGAACUGAACACCGGCAUUUACUUCGGAUUUGCUAAAAUCGAUGAAAUAACGUACAAUAUGGUUAUUAGCAUCGGAUGGAAUCCAUUUUAUAAAAAUGAGCAAAAGUCGAUGGAGACCCACAUCAUUCACACGUUUGACGGAGAUUUGUACGGCAAAAUUUUGAAAAUCGCCAUUCUGGGAUAUCUUAGACCAGAGUUGAAUUUCGAUAGCCUCGAAGCACUCAUAAACACUAUAAAUAAUGACAUCAAGCAAGCUGUAGAGCUCCUAGAUAAGGACGAAUACAAGCAAUAUCUGAAACAUGAAUUUUUUGCAUGAAAUAUUCAAUAAAACUGGUAUAUCAUUUUAAAUGCGUUUUGGGUAAAUGAAAACGACUUGACAACAUA